AUUUUUAAUAUUUUCUUUUGCCUGCGGUUUAUUUAACCAUCUUCGCGUAGUGCACAUCAAUUAUCGUUUUAUUGCGAUAAAAAAAAGUAUUUAAGAUACUUUGGAGUGUUGAAUAUUUAUAAUUACAAUCGGAUAAUAAAUAAUUCCAUAAAAAUGGUUGCACAAAAGAAACAAAAAAAGGCGAUGGAGAGCAUCAACUCGAGGCUCGCGUUGGUGAUGAAAUCGGGUAAAUACGUUUUGGGGUACAAGCAAACAUUAAAAUCUCUCAGACAAGGCAAAGCUAAGCUUGUGAUCAUCGCCAACAAUACUCCACCAUUGAGAAAAUCAGAAAUCGAGUACUACGCAAUGUUGGCCAAGACUGGAGUUCACCAUUAUACUGGCAACAACAUUGAACUCGGUACAGCUUGCGGUAAAUACUUCAGAGUUUGUACUCUCUCAAUCACCGAUCCGGGUAACUCAGAUAUUAUUAAAUCCAUGCCAACCGGCGACCAAGCAUAAAAACUCAAUACCCAUUGUAUUUAAUAAACUUUUCACUUAAAAAU